CCGUUCCACCGCCAGCGGCCGGGCCGUGAGCGCUCUCUUCCCGCAGGAUCCGCUGCGGCUGUUUCCCUUCCGAGGCGGGCGACAGCAGCGCCCUUGCCCGCCGAGGAGCCGGCGGGGCUGCGCCGCUCCCCGCGCCGACUGGCGGUCCCGGUGCCCCCGCGCCGGGACUGGAGCCAGGAGCAGCGCCGGAGCUGGCGGCAUAGGCGCUCCGGCCCCGGCCACCGCUUCCCGGCGGAGCCAGCAGGGGAGAGGCUGCAGAGGGGACCCGAGCAUUGUGCGAGCCUGCAUGGGCACGGCGCGGGGGCGCGGCCGCGGGGUUCCCCCGAGCCUCUCGCUCCCCUCCCGGCAUCGCCUGUAGUCGGGAGGCGCCGUGCCGGGGCACGAGGGAUGCUUUUGUGCGCGGCGGCGGGCGCAGCAGCGGGUAGCGGCGGCUGCGGUUGCGGGGCAGGUUGCGGGCGCCGCGCUCACCCGCAGCCCUCCCGGCGAGCGGGGCCGGGCGCGAUGCUGAAUUAGGCGGCCGGAGCCUUUUCGAGCGCUGGGGGCAGGCGUAGCAGCCCGUAGCGGAGAGCCGGGAGGGGCGGGCAGGCAGCUCCCUCCCCAUGGCGAGCAACCGGAGCAUCGAGCUGGAGCACUUCGAGGAGCGGGACAAGCGGCAGCAGCGCUCCGGGCCGCGGCGCGGCGGCUCCGGGUCCGGCGGCGGCGCGGGGCCGAGGGGCAAUGGGCUGGUGCCCAGCCCGGCGCACAGCGCGCACUGCAGCCUCUACCGGACCCGCACCCUGCAGGCGCUCAGCUCGGAGAAGAAGGCGCGCAAAGCCCGCUUCUACCGCAACGGGGACAGGUACUUCAAGGGCUUGGUGUACGCCAUCUCCCCCGACCGCUUCCGCUCCUUCGACGCCCUCCUGGUGGAGCUCACCCGCUCCCUGUCGGACAACGUGAACCUGCCCCAAGGGGUCCGCACCAUCUACACCAUCGAUGGCAGCAAGAAGCUCACCAGCCUGGACGAGCUGGUGGAAGGUGAAAGUUAUGUAUGUGCGUCCAAUGAACCAUAUCGCAAAGUUGAUUACACCAAGAACGUCAACCCGAACUGGUGUGUGAACAUAAGGACUGGGUCCAGUCGAUCCUUGACAUCUCUGACAUCCACAAAGAGUGAAGUGAAGGAGAGUAAAGAUUUCAUUAAACCCAAAUUAGUGACUGUUAUUAGGAGUGGAGUAAAACCACGUAAAGCUGUGAGAAUUCUGCUGAAUAAGAAGACUGCUCACUCCUUUGAACAGGUCUUGAAUGACAUCACCGAAGCCAUUAAGUUAGACUCGGGUGUAGUCAAGAGACUUUGUACACUGGAUGGAAAGCAGGUAACGUGCUUGCAAGACUUCUUUGGAGAUGACGAUGUCUUCAUUGCGUGUGGGCCUGAGAAGUACCGGUAUGCUCAGGAUGACUUCGUGCUAGAUCACAGCGAAUGUCGUGUUAUGAAGUCCUCUUAUUCCCGAUCAUCUGGCAUGAGGCACACUGCAUCCAAAAGUCCAGGACCUUCACGUCGAAGCAAAUCACCUGCCUCAGUAAAGAGGGGUGGCCACUACUCCAGUGCUCAUUCUUCAGCAAAAUCCCCAGUUAAUGGAACCCCAAGCAGUCAGUUAUCUACCCCAAAAUCUACAAAGUCCUCCAGUUCUUCACCAACAAGCCCAGGCAGCUUUCGUGGACUCAAGAUCUCUCCACAUGGUGGAUCUUCUUCCAAUGUGAAUGGUGUACCUGAAUCACUCCGUUGCCAGAGUCCUGAAGGCGUGAAUGGAAACAAGUUCUCAGGGUCAUCUACCAUUCUUGAGAAGUACAAAGUGGGGAAGGUGAUUGGUGAUGGCAAUUUUGCUGUCGUAAAGGAGUGUGUAGAACGAUCCACAGGAAAGGAGUUUGCCCUGAAGAUCAUAGACAAGGCUAAAUGCUGCGGGAAGGAGCACCUGAUUGAAAAUGAAGUGUCUAUUCUGCGUCGAGUGAAGCAUCCAAAUAUCAUUAUGCUUAUAGAGGAAAUGGACACCCCAACAGAACUCUAUCUGGUGAUGGAGCUGGUCAAGGGAGGAGAUCUAUUUGAUGCUAUCACUUCAUCUACAAAAUACACAGAGCGAGAUGGGAGUGCAAUGGUCUACAAUUUAGCCAGUGCUCUCAAAUACCUUCAUGGUCUCAACAUUGUGCACAGAGACAUCAAGCCAGAAAAUCUUCUGGUAUGUGAAUAUUCAGAUGGAACCAAGUCUUUGAAGCUCGGAGACUUUGGACUGGCGACUGUGGUUGAAGGACCUUUAUACACUGUCUGCGGUACACCCACCUACGUGGCUCCAGAAAUCAUUGCAGAGACAGGAUAUGGCUUAAAGGUGGAUAUUUGGGCUGCAGGUGUGAUCACAUACAUACUGUUAUGUGGAUUUCCACCUUUUCGCAGUGAAAACAACCUUCAGGAAGACCUCUUUGAUCAGAUACUUGUUGGGAAGCUGGAAUUUCCUUCUCCCUACUGGGAUAACAUCACUGAUUCAGCAAAGGAGUUAAUUAGCCUGAUGUUACACGUGAAUGCUGAGGCCCGAUAUACAGCAGCACAGAUCCUAAGCCAUCCCUGGGUGUCAGAUGAUGCUUCCCAGGAGAAUAAUAUGCAAGCUGAAGUAACAGGUAAACUGAAGCAGCACUUUAAUAACACCCUACCCAAGCAAAAUAACACAUCUGCUGGGGUUUCUGUCAUCAUGAACACAGCUCUAGAUAAAGAGAGUCAGAUUUUCUGCAGCAAGCGCUGUCAGGACUCUGGUAGAGCUGGAAUGGAGAAAAUUUCUGCAAUUGCUGCUGCAGCUGAUGAUCCUCGUGUGGCUGGGUCCGAGACCCUCUUCCCUGCUGCUUCUGAGCCACUCCGAUCCCCCACGCCGCCUGCCUCAGUAUCUCCUGAGCUUGCUGGGGAUCAGCCUGGUGCGUAGGACUGAUGAAAACAAAUCCAACUGAAGCUCCCCCCACUCUGGCCACAGUUUCUCUUCAUUUCCCAUGACUGUUUUUGGUUUGUGUGCUCCUCUCGUGGCGAGCCCCUGCCAGGCUCUGAUCUUCUUUCUCAUAGUGAGCGAGUGACCGUGCGCUUUGAGUGCUCUUUGCCCUUGUCUUCAGAACAGCAGUAGGGGAAAGACUGGCAAAUGUUAGAUGAUUUUUAAGUUAUCUGUGUUAGUAAUUAACUCCAUUUCACACAGCCUUGGGCUCUAAAUAGACUAACUUAUGGUGUAGCUAACCAUAUUUUUAUAUGAGCAGUGAGAUGAUGAACAGUGACCGGGCCUCCCCUCUACAAGCAGGCCCCGUUCUGUUCUUCUCAUGAGAAUUCUCAGAAAAGGGGGAGAGGAAGACAAGAGAUGAAAACUUCUAUUUGCCUUCUAUUCCAAUGCCUCUAUUUUUAGCCAAGUUUCUACUAAACUUGAAGAGGCAAAUUUUCAUGAAAAAUUUUUUAGUGGACUAACUGUAAAAUACCAUGAAACAAACACUGGAGAUAGAGAGGGAAGGAUGGUUGUUUUCCAUCAAGUUUGUUAUCUAACUUGCAGGCAGGGUAGUGUUUAGAUAAUAUGAAUUUAAAUAAAGUGACUUGGGAUGUAAACAUGAGCACUGGACAUUUAUUUGUAAUGAAGACUGGAGUGAAGGAAGCCUUUUUGUUUUAGCCAUUUUCUGUCUUAACUGCAAGUGUCCCAUCCACACCUUUCUCCAGGGUCAGACUACCUAUUAGGUAAAAUAAAAUUAUGUUGGACCUGUGAAGGGAAAGCCUGCUGCAUGUGAUCCAAGCUACGAUGAACAGAGCAGCUCCCACUUCUAGGAUGAGCUGAUACAGGAGCUGCCAUCAAUAGCCAUCAAAGGUUGUCAGUGCUAUCCCCCUGUUCACCUGGUGCAGGCACUGGAAACAAGGAUUGGGGAGCAGCUGUCCUGAAUCUGCAGUCACAAAAUAGAUGAGGUUUUUAUCUUUACCAUAAUGCUUAGUUCAGUAUAGUAUGUAUUCAGCUUAAUUCUUUUCCUUUGCUCGUUCUUAUGAAUUGGUCAUAGUUCAUUUUCUCUCUUAGCUAUACUUUCUACUAGAAUUGUAAAAGAAAGAC